AAAAACCGAGGCCCAUUAUCCACGUUUUAACUUCACUCCCAUCAAGCUAGGGUUUAGUUUACGUAAGAAAAAACCAGAGCGCAUUGCAAUUAGGGGCUUUUGAAUUUUGAUUCGCUUUCGGUUUCAGCAGCAUCAACAACUUUGCAAUGGCGAGAUUGAAGGUGUACGAGCUGAGGAACAAAACGAAAGCAGAGCUUCUGAGCCAAUUGAAGGAUCUGAAAGCUGAGCUGGCACUCCUCCGUGUUGCCAAGGUCACUGGCGGAGCACCCAACAAGCUCUCCAAAAUAAAAUUGGUGCGGCUAUCGAUAGCGCAGGUGUUGACGGUUAUUUCCCAGAAGCAAAAGUCGGUGCUGAGGGAAGCUUACAAGAAGAAGAAGUAUCUGCCUUUGGAUCUGCGUCCUAAGAAGACCAGAGCUAUCAGAAGACGCCUCACCAAGCACCAGGCUUCUUUGAAGACAGAGCGUGAGAAGAAGAAGGAAGUAUACUUCCCAUUGAGAAAAUAUGCAGUUAAGCAAAAUAACUACUCCCUUUGAACGUUGUUUGAUUACUCUCCCAACCCAAGUACACAUUUCAACUCCGGGCAUGUGAUGCUAUAUACAAUUAUUAGAAGUCACUCAUUGUAAAUGUGAUUCAUAUCAUAAUCAAAAUGAAAGAAAGUAUG